AUGCAAUUCCUCACACAAACCAUCAUUGCAGCAGCAUUUCUUGCUGGCUUUGUCUUCGCAGCACGAAGCCCCCAAGGAUCCGGAGCUCCGGUUAAUGGAGGAAGUGGUGGCGUUCAAGGAAACGUCAGUAUCCCAAUUAAAAAAUUUGCCAUGAGAGUAUAAAACCUAACAAAAAGUAGUGCAAUUUCUUCUGUUGUGAGCGUAACCUAGGUACCGGUGGUACGCUAUGCAAGAACAAUACUGUGAUUCCUCAUCCUUACUCUGAUGAUUGCUCGACGAUGCCUAUUGGGAGGUUCCCUAAUGGUGAUGGAAAGGCGGUUCCGGUUUGCUGUGCCAAUCCUAAUUGUGAAAAUCAACCGGGGUGA